AUGGCAGAACAACCACCUGCUGCAUCGGCUCUCGCGUGGCUGGUCUGCAUCUUGGGGAUUAUUGUGGUUCUCACAUCUCUGUCUUAUCCGCGCAAGGCCCGAGCGUUCCGCAAUGGAAGACCAAUUGACGAGGAAGAAACAUCAUCUGUUCUUGGGCGAUUUUCAUUCCACUGGGCGACCUCGCUCGUCUCACUCUCGGCCUCGAAUACAUCCAUCAGCCUGGAUAACCUUCCGGAGUUGAGCGACAAAUUGCGAGCAAGCAAUUUGCAGAUUGACUUUAUGAAAAUGCAAGGUGAACUUAACGCGUCUGGACCGACUCCAUCAAAGUUAGUGAGAGGACUUCUAUCGCUAUAUUGGAGGGAGUUGGUCCAUCAGAUCCUGCUAUCCGUACCACUGGCAGUUCUAGCCUUUACUCCACAGCUAGCACUACGCGAAAUACUACGACUCCUGGAUGCAGAUGCAGCGGAACACGAUGGACUCAAUACCUGGGCCCUGAUACUUGGCCUCGGCAUUGGAGUAUCUUCGUGGCUUGAGAACUGGCUCCUGUGGACCGCCAUGAAUUGGAUCUCAGUGCCAUUGACGACGCAGCUAUCUGCCGCAGCUUUCAGCAAGUCAAUGCGCUUGAGUUUGCAGUUUUCCGCUGGCGAGGGCAAUGACAAGGCUUCACCGGACAGUACCCAGAACGUGAUCAACCUGGUGGCCAUCGAUGCGUCACGCAUUGCGAUUGUGGCGGGGUUUCUCUAUUCGAACCUUCUCCAGGCACUAAAGCUCGCCGUAGCGUGUACCUUCUUGGCUCACCUUCUGGGUUGGCCAAGCUUGCUUGCGGGACUGACCUGCCUUGCCCUCUUCUAUCCACUCCAUUCGCUCUGCUUGUCGAAAUACUCGGCUGUCGAGAAAGACCUCAUGCUUAGCCGCGACAAGAAGGUGUCGACUCUGACCGAGGUUUUGCAGGGUAUUCGCCAAGUGAAGUUUGCGGGACUCGAGGUCAAAUGGGAACGCAGGAUGAACUUUCUUCGCGAUCGUGAGGUAGAAGCUCAGAAGAGAGCAUUCAUCUGGCAUGUAAUCAACCUCUCGAUCCACCUGCUUGGGCCAGUCAUGGUCUCAGCCGUCUCCUUGAGUGUCUAUAGCUGGAAGCAAGGCCCACUUACGCCAUCCGUCGCUUUCCCAGCUUUGUCAACGCUCGGGUAUAUCCAAUUCAUCCUAGGCCUCAUACCCGAACUACUUUCCGGUCUCGUGGGUGCGAAGGUGAGCAUCGGACGAAUGGCAAAGUUCUUGAACUCGGCUGAAGCGACGGGAAACACCACGCCUUUCCGCUCGAUACAACUGGAGAAUGCCACUGUGUCUUACAGUAUAUCAGCUACAACAGAGUCAGGCAUACUCCGAAGCGUGACGCUCAGCUUCCCUCUGAGAGGCUUGAGCGUGGUGUCCGGCCGCACUGGAUCAGGCAAAACCCUGCUACUCAGCUCCAUGCUAGGCGAGUGCGAGGUCCUGUCUGGUUCAAUACGACGUCCUGUUCCCCCGACUUAUGAAGCAAUAUACCACACAGAACCCAAUCUGGAGGACUGGUGUCUCAACUCAGCAGUGGCCUACGUAGCGCAGACUCCGUGGAUAGAAGCCGGUACCAUUCGAGAUAAUAUCCUCUUCGGCCUACCCUAUCACCAGGCGAGGUAUCAUCAUGUGAUGUUUGCAUGCGCUCUCAUGCAGGAUCUGGACCUGUUGGAUGAUCGGGAUCUUACCGAGAUCGGGCCAAGUGGAGUCAACCUCAGCGGUGGGCAGAAGGUGCGCAUUGGUCUAGCGCGCGCUCUGUAUUCGCGGGCCGGGAUUCUACUGCUGGAUGAUAUCUUCAGUGCCGUGGAUGUGCACACCGCAAGCCAUCUCUUCAAGCAUGCCAUCACUGGGGAGCUUGGUGAGGGACGAACAAGAAUCUUGGUCACACACAAUGUGGACCUUUGCUCUUCCAAGGCUGACUAUUUGGUCGAGCUUGAGAAUGAGACCGUCAAAUAUGCACACUCAGUGAUUCAAUCCCACUCUGAAAAAGAAAACAGCUCCUUGCAACGGGGACUACCCAUAAGCGAAGAACAAGACGAAACGGUUGAUGGCAAGACUGAUGGCCAAGAUGGUGGUGCAGAUGACAUUGGCAGUCCUACCGUGCUUAAAAGAUUUGUUGAUGAAGAGUCUCGAGCCGAGGGCGCCCUCCAGUGGUGGUUGUUUCGGAGGUACAUCCAGACGAGCGGUGGAUGGGCAUCGUGGGCUGUUCUCGCCGCGUGUUACGUGAUGUACAACAUAUUACAGCUGUCUCAGUACUGGUGGAUUCAAAUCUGGAGCAGGGAUGGAAUCGCCCAAGGCACUGGCACAGGUGGCAGCGAUACGGCAUACUACCUCGGCAUGUACACCGCGAUCGCCAUCCUGUCAUGUCUCGCCGGCUCACUGCGCGCGUACAUUGCUCUCCGAACCUCACUGACCGCGGCAUCUCGCCUCUUUCGCCAACUACUCUCCGUGGUCCUUCGCGCCCCCUUGCUCUGGCUCGACAAAGUGCCCUCAGGAAGACUCCUCAACCGCUUCACCGCCGACUUCUACCUCAUAGACUCACGCCUGGGCUUCGACCUGACCGCCGUUCUGAACGCAGGCAUGGACUGCAUCGGCGUGAUCACCGGCGGAGUGGUCGUGCGCCCGAUCCUUCUCAUCUUCGCCGGGCUCCUCGCCGCAGCAGCAACGUGGUACACGAAGCGGUACCUCUCGGCCGCGCGGGAGAUCAAACGCCUGGAAAGCGUCUCGCGCAGCCCGGUCUACGAGCAGAUCGCCACCUGCCUGCAAGGGAUCAGCACCAUCCGGGCCUUCAACCAGAGAAAGCGGUACAUCGCACAGCUGCACGACAAGCUCAACCGCCAAGCACAGGCCUCGUGGCACCUCUACCUCUUCAACCGCUGGUUCACCUUCCGGAUCAACCUGCUGGGCGCCGUGUUCUCGACCGUGACCGCCCUCGCCGUCGUCAACCGCGCGGACAUCACCGGCGCGAUGGCCGGCUUCGCCCUCGUCUUCACCAACCACCUCUCCUUCGCCCUCGUCUCGCUGAGCCGCGCCUACUCGACCCUGGAAAUGGACCUCAACGCCGUCGAGCGCAUUCUCGAGUACUCCGACAUCCCUACCGAGGAGCCACCCUCCACCGAUCCAACAAUCAUCCCGCCUCCCGAAUGGCCACAAACCGGAACCAUAACCAUAACCAACCUCACAGCCUCCUACACCCCAACGACCGCACCCGUCCUCCACAACGUCAACUUGCACAUCGCCGCCGGCCAAAGAAUCGGAAUCGUCGGCCGCACCGGCGCCGGCAAAUCCAGCCUCGCGCUGGCCAUCUUCCGCUUCCUGGCCCCGUCCCCGUCCCCGUCCCCGUCCCCCAACUCGAGCCGCGGAAGCGCGAGUAGUGGUAGCAUCACGAUCGACAAUCUUGACAUCGCCACAAUCCCACUAUCCACCCUCCGCUCGCGAAUGGCCAUGGUCCCGCAGAACCCCGUGCUGUUCACAGGCACGAUCCGCUCGAAUCUGGAUCCGUUCGACGAGUACGACGACGACGCGGUGCUACGGGCGUUGCGGCAGGUCCAUUGGUCUUCCUCCUCAUCGUCAUCAACCUCAACCUGUCUGCAUCCGCAAGAGAGCCCGCUGCGCAGCCCACAGGCCAGUAAGGUACUGGGGGAGAAGGUCUCCCCGGGCGGAACGAACUUCUCGCACGGCCAGCGGCAGCUCCUCUGCCUGGCGCGGGCGAUGCUCGCUUGUCCGGCGGUGGUGGUGAUGGAUGAGGCGACGUCGGCUGUGGAUCGCGCGACGGAUGAGGUCAUUCAGCGGUCGAUUCGGGAUGGGUUCUUGGGUAGUGGUAGGGCUGGCAGCCGGACAACGUUGUUGGUGAUUGCGCAUCGGAUACGCACGAUCGCCGACUUUGAUCAGGUGGUUGUUAUGGAUGCCGGGCGGGUGGUGGAGUUUGGGACGCCGAGGGAGUUGUUGGCCAGGGAGGGGGGCGUGUUCCGCGGGUUGGUGGAGGGGGAUGUUGAUGCCGAGGAGUUGAGGAGGGUUAUUACUGGAGUUGGGAAUUAG